UUUCUCAUCUCUAUCUCUCUGACUCCAUUUCUGUUGUUCUUUUCUCUGAUAGAGAGAGAUACUCUGCUUCUCAAUUCUACCUAAGCUCCGAUUCCCCCAGCCAAUCACUUUUCGCCACGCCAUUCUCACCUACACUCAGCCCUAACGGUUCUCUUCUUGUUUCGAUUCUCGCCGGAAAAUGCCGCCCGCCGCGGUGGAUGUCCGGUCACCGAUUGCCUCUCCUCCUCCUCCUCCGCCGUCAAGGAAAAACCCUAGCUCCUCUUUCCCCCAAUCGACACAGGAUGGAUCGCCCUUCAAUUUCCGGGCAGCUUUUGGUGAUGGAGGCGGCGUGUGUGGUCCCGAUCGUGAUGCUCCGCGAUCAAAGACGGAGGUGCCGCCGACGCCUCCGUCGGUGAGGUCGCGGCCGAGGCUUUGGAAGGUGAGGAGGCAUGUUGGGGCUCAGCAUGCGAGGUCGAGGAUUGGUUCGAGUGAGGUCGGCUUGGGUUUCAAUCCGUUUUGUUCGUCGAAUGGGGUUAGUGUUUCUAGUGGGGAGACUGGAAGUGUGGGUUUUGGGUUUGAUGGUGUUCGGAGUGGUCUCAGCGAGUGUUUGGGUUCUGGGGAGGGACUUAGACAGUUGAGUUCUGAUGAGACAGGGAAGUCGAGUAUCGGCCAGGGAAUGGAGUUUAAGAAGACUGAAAGUGUGGGUUUUGUGUUUGGGGCCAAGGAAAAUGGUACGACAAGGGAUUUUCUCGGGGAAAAGGACCAAGCUAUUAAAAAUGGGACAGAAGUGGUUUCUGAUGGUACGGGGGAAAAGAAAACAGAGCCUGAACCAGUAAGCGGAAAGUUUGGUGCGGGUUUUGCAUUCGGUCAAAAUUGGAAUGGGUUAGGUUUAAAUUCUAAUCUAGAAAAGACAGAAUAUGGUGAAUUUGAGAAGAAUUUGAACUCUGAUGUAAGUGGAAAGAUGAAACCUGAGACUGGAGUAGAGUGUCCGAAGGACAGUAAUGCGGCUUUCGUGUUCGGAGCGAAUCCUAGUGGGUUGAGCUUAAAUUUUGAUUCGGAAGAGGGAAAUGUCAUGAGAUCUAGUUCGGAGUUUGUGUUUGGUGCUAGUUGGUGUACUUCUGAAUCGAAUUUGAGUUCGGAAAAGAGAGACUCCAGUGACAUCGAAAAAGAAGUUCCCAGCAAAGUAGAAGCUGCAAGUAAAGUCAAUACUGGUGCGUUUGUAUUUGAAAGUAUCAGUAGGAAAGGUUCCAGUUUGACUGAAAAUUCAGGGAACUUCCAUGGCACUGUAGGGGCACAAGUUAAUGGUUUGGGUCCAGAAGUAAGUGAUAAAUGUAAAUAUCGAUGUGAAAGUAGCGAUAACAUUGCCAGUGUUUCUAGUACAAGCUCAGCAUAUACGCUUCCUGAUGAGAUGAGGAAGUUGAAUAUUAAUAUUUCUGGGAAUGUUCCUGGUGCUGUGAAAGCUGAAGAUUCGAAUUCGAAGCCAUUUUUCAAUGCUGAAACUGCGUCCAAGUCUAGAAGAUAUAUAAAGGUUUCUAGACCAAGUAGUAAAGACUGUUCUAGUAGAAAUGUAGAAACUAAUUAUUGUGAUAAGAGUUUUAAAGGUCGUUCUGUUGAUGUGGAAGUCACCAAUGGGAGUAGCUCAAAGACAAAUGUAGCGGAUGCAUCAGGUAUAUCUAAUUCUGAACCAUUUACUUUUCAAGCUGGACUUGGUGAGAGUGCUGAUGUUGGGCAGUUUCAUAAGAGUCAAUCAGUUGAUAGUAUAGAAGCAAAUGUAGUUUCCUCACAGCCUUCAUUUUCGGUUAAUAAACCUGAGUCCCAACCCAGUGUUUUUGAAGCACCUUCUGUUGGAGUAGAAAAGGACUAUGCCAACAAUUCUACUACCAGUACUCGAGAUGGAUUGGGAGUGUCAUCUAUGGAUUUUAAAACUCCAACAUGUGGCCCUUCCUCCCUUAAGGAAAGUCUAUUUCCUAAACUAGAUAAGAAACCACAAUUCAAUGUGAAGAAUAGGACUAUCAAGGACAAAAGAUUUAGGGACACAAAGCAUAAGUUGAAAAAGCCUUCUGUUAAUCAACGACUCGGCCAAGAUCAUGCCUCAAAGGAAAGCAGUUCCCAAGAAAAACCAAACUCUCCUGAAUGUUACUCCCCAAUGGAUUUCUCUCCCUAUCAGGAAAGUAGUAUCCCUGAAGAGCACUCAAGAGAAACUUCUGCAACAUCAGAUGGAUCCUUCUACCAAGACAAUAAUUGUAGAACCUGUUCCUCAGAUGCACCGGCCCCUGCUGAUCUUAAAGAGGAGGAUUUCGUUUUUGCAGGGAAAGGAUUAGAUAGUAACAGAGGUGAUCAGGAAUCUAAACAAGAAAAUGGAAGUGUUGAUUAUCAUGGUGAAUCUUUUAUUCAGAAGUGUCCAUCAGUUUCUAAGGCUGAAUUUGCCUGUUCCGGUGCCCAAAUGGAGCAGGCUGACUGCCACAGCAGUGUUGGUUUGACAUCUUUGGAAUCUAUAGCCACUUAUAGCUCAGACUCGGAGAAGCAAGAAAACAGUUCUAGAAUGCAGUUCUACUUUACUUCGGGUCUGGAAGAUAAGGAGAAAAGUUUUAUGUUUUCAGCAACAUCCUCUGGGCAGGAGAAAUUAUCUGCAAGAAAGCAUCGAUAUAGGCGGAAAAGUAGGAGCGGUGUUAGUGGUGAUUCUUCUGUUGUUACUUCAAGCUCAAAUCAAUCUUCAUCCAGUGCAGCAGACAAAUUCGAAGCAAGUAAACAGAACAACAAAGGGCAUAGUUCCUCAGCUGAAAUUCAUGAAACCUGUGAGAAGUGGCGACUCAGGGGAAAUCAAUCUUACAAAAAAGGGGAUCUUGCAAAAGCCGAGGAGUUUUACACACAGGGGAUUAUAUCUGUACCUUCUAGUGAAAGAUCAGGUUCCUGUCUUGAGCCACUUUUGCUCUGCUACAGCAAUCGCGCAGCAGCUCGCAUGUGUCUUCUAAGGAUAAGGGAAGCAAUAGGUGACUGCAUGAUGGCUCUUGCAUUAGAUCCCAUCUUUCUCAAAGCUCAAUUAAGAGCUGCAAACUGUCACCUUGUACUGGGGGAAAUUGAAAAUGCUCUGCAAUUCUUCAAUCAGUGCUUGGAAAUGGGGGCAGGUGUGUGUUUGGACCGGAGAAUCAUAUUAGAUGCAGCUGAUGGUCAGCAGAAGGCUCAGAAAGUGGCCGAGUGUAUAGGACAAUCCACUAAACUUCUGGAACAGAAAAAUCCUGAUGCAGCUCUCAGUGCUUUGGAAAUAAUUUCUGAAGCCUCAUCAAUUAGUUUGUACUCAGAAAAGUUACUCAAAAUGAAAGCAGAGGCUCUGAUAAUGUUAAGGAGGCAUGAGGAGGCAAUUCAGUUGUGUGAGAAGAGUUUAUGUUUUGCCGAAAAGAAUUUUUCUUCAGGUAUUUCAUUAGCGGCAAAUAUAUAUGGUUCUGCAAAUGAACUCCAUUCAUUUGAGAGGAUCUGGAGGUGGUGCUUGAUAUCUAAGUCUUACUUUUAUUUGGGAAGGCUUGAGGCUGCUCUUCCUAUACUUGAUAAACUAAAGCAAAUCGGAUCUAUAAAGGAUGAGUCUGCAAAUAAGGAGCUGGACUCAUCUACCUUGCUGGCUGUCACUAUACGCGACCUUUUACACCAGAAGAAUGCAGGCAAUGAAGCAUUUAAAUCAGGAAAAUAUUCAGAGGCAGUGGAGCAUUACACUGUUGCCCUAUCUAGCAAUGUUGAAUCGCGGCGAUUUGCAGCUAUCUGUUUUUGCAAUCGGGCUGCAGCACACCAAGCUCUGGGUCAAAUUUCUGAUGCAAUUGCUGACUGUAGUCUGGCCAUAGCCCUAGAUGGAAAUUAUGCAAAGGCAGUCUCUAGAAGAGCUACCUUACAUGAAAUGAUAAGAGACUAUGGUCAGGCAGCCACUGACCUCCAGAGACUAAUAUCCAUUCUUGAAAGCCAAUCUUGCAACAAGACCAAAGAGUAUGGUUCUUCAGGUAAAUCCACAGGCAAUGCAAAAGAUUUAAGGCAAGCUCAAAUGCAUCUGCAGAUAAUGGAAGAAGAAUCUAAGAAAGGAAUUUCCUUGGACUUUUACCUCAUUUUGGGUAGUAAACAAACUGAUGAAAGUUCAGACAUUAAAAAAGCAUACCGUAAAGCAGCUCUGAAACAUCACCCUGACAAGGCUGGCCAGUUCCUUGCAAGAAGUGAUAGUGGAGAUGAGGGGCGACUUUGGAAGGAAAUCUCCCAGGAGGUCCACAAGGAUGCUGACCGCCUUUUUAAAAUGAUUGGAGAGGCAUAUGCUAUACUUUCAGACCCUGCUAAGCGUUCCCAGUAUGAUCUCGAUGAGGAUAUAAGAAAAGCUUCAAAGGGAAGCAGUGGAAGCAGCAGUCAUGGAAGACAUUCAGAUGCUUGUAGUUCUGGAAGCAACGGUUUUAGACCUGAUUUCCGUGGCUCUCCAUUUGAGAGAAGUUCGUACAGACGUAACUUCAGGGAUAACUGGAAGACCUAUGGGAACUCAUAUUCUAGAUGGUGACAAACCAAGAGAGGCUCGAAACAAAAAUAUUUUCCAUCUUCCCAAAGGUUAGCCGAAUAUUAAUGGGAAUCGACCGGCCAAUGGAUCAGAUCUGGUGGGGUGGAUUGGUCGGUCUGAAAUGAGUUUUGGAUGGGGAGGAGGGGCUUACACAAAGCUGCAAAUUUCAUGUAUAUUAUUAUGAUCCAUUAAGUUUGGUAAUUUAAAGUGUCUACAACCUCAAAAAGCCAAUAUAUGCUAAUUGCUGACCAAAACUGUCUACAACCUAUAAAACUGCCGAUUCUUUAGCAUUCAUCAAUUUUGACUACAGUAGUAACCGUCAUGACAGGAAUACAGGGCUGCAAAUGUUUUUAGCCCAAAUCUUAAAAUGUACAUGAAAGAAAUGUUGAAUUUUUUGAUGUAUUGUUUAUUGCUGAUAUUUAUUCAGCAAUUCGAAGGAAAGCAUUUGUGCCCAUUUUAAUUAUUUAUUGAA